AUGGUGGUGACCGGACCACAGACGAAGGCCAGUAUCACAUCAGCCGGUUCGAGCGGCACGCCCUCACUCAUUGUUGGAGCCAACGGCUCGGGCUAUCUGCGUGUCGAUAACGGCGCCUGGCUGCAAGUUGGCAACCCUCAGUCAGGUGUACUGUCGAUUGCUGGCCUGGACGGUGGGCGGGGGAUUGGCUCGGUCGAAGUCAUUGGCAAUUCGUCGCUCGUGACGAUCGGCUCGCAGUUGGUUGCGUCGGGUGGCAGUCUCUCAUCCAUGAGCGUGCGCGAUGGCGCCGUGGUCCGCGUCGGCUCACUAACCAACGUUGUUGAGAACGCGGUUCAGAUACAAUCGAAUGUUGAGCUUGCUGGUAAUCGGACGGAGUUGCAGACCAAUGGACUUACCAUCGGGCGCCGCGACGUAUCGACGACCUAUCCCGGUUUCGGAAGGCUUCGCGUGGCCGAUGGAGCGAUCGUCCGUUCGUUAGAGACUCAAGGCAGCAAUAGCCGUGCUUUUGUCGGCUAUGGCGGGAGUCUCGAACUAGAUGGCGGCACGCUGGCGAUGUCCCGGCUCGAACUGGAGGGGCAUUUGUCGGGACCAGGCGAAGUGACGGGGAUUGUCGCCGUUGAUUCGACUGGUCAGAUCGAGGUCGGUGAGGGUGAGUCUCUGCAAAUCAAUGGCUUCGCUGAUGUCGCGGGGAGAGUGCGGGUGAUUGGCGGGCAACUCGAUGUUGGCGGACUUGUUUUCCGAAACGAAAGCAAUUCCUACCGUUCGAUCGAAGUGGAACGGGGUGAUCUGACCGUACGCGGCACUCUCACCAAUAACAACGUCGAGGGCUUUGUUCGCUUAAAAGACAGUGCUUUUACGGUUGUCAGCACCAACACUUCCUUAUCACGGCUAACGGGAGAACUCAUUGCGGAAGGGUCCACCAUUCGCCUGCAAGCGGCUUCGAGGUAUGCCGGCAGUGGAUACAUCGAGCUCGUCGAUAGCGAGCUGCUACUCACGGGUCAGCUGAUGAUCGAAGGCUCGACGUCUAACCCUGCGUCGUUGGUGAUCGAUGGCUCCACCAUCCGACCGGAAGUUGGCGUCACAGAUAAUGCGACGCUCAUGGUUCACGGACUCUUCGAGGUUCGAGGGCAGCACAACAAGAUCGAUACGAGUAUCCGUACAUCGUCCGGUGGCGUGAUACGCGUUGCUGACGGAGCAUCGGUCGAUUUCACGUCGGCAGAGAUAUUUUCCGCGAUCGACAUUGGCGCCGGCAGCUCAGUUGACUUUAGCGAACGAGCGUCGAUGUUCUACGAGGUGGCGGUUGCACUUGGCGACAGCAACCUCACGACGCCAUCUGUGGUUGGCGCCAAGCAGUUGUCCUUCGGGAACAAACUGAUCAUCGACGCAUCGGCGGUCAGUGAGAUCGCCGCUGGGCAGACGUUUUCUCUGUUUGAAGCCGACUCGUUGCUCGGCUCGUUCUCGGCUUACUCGUUCCCCGAUCUCCCCGGCACGCUGGAGUUCGUCCCGCAGCAAACCGAGACGGAUUUUUCGCUCCUUGUGAUCGACGCCGCCGUGACCCUGCCGGGCGACUACAACGGCGACGGCUGCGUGGACGCCGCCGACUACACCGUGUUGCGCGAUAGCGACCUGCCGGCGAGCAAUGCGAUGGCGAUGGCGAUGGCCAACUGGCAAACGAACUACGGCCGCUGGCUGCCGGGGUCGAACAUGCCGAUCCCGGAGCCAACGGCCGUCGUCGUGGCGUCACUCGGGGGCGGUCUCAGUGGUGGAUGCGGCCUCCGUCGCCGGGUCCCGAUCUACCUUGACUUCGAUAUCGCCGCUGUCUUUGUCCUUCGUGACUUCGAUGUCGCCGGAAGGCGUUUCCACAUCGACAACGGUUUCUUUCUCCUGACAACCGGUCAGAGCAACGCAAGCGAUCGCGAACACAACGAAGCGAGUGAGGGCCAUGACGGCCUCCGGGAGGUAAAGGGAGACAGGCUCAGAACUUUCGCGUAG